CGUUCCGCCAUUUUGCUUGGUCGCGGAGUGAACGUAAAAUUUUGUUCUCAUGUAUUUUAUCGUGGUUAACUAUUAGUUAGUUUAGAAUUAGUGUUUCAAUAAACACUAAUGGCUUGCUUAAAUACACUUAAGUUAGAAAUCAAAACUUUAGAACAAGUGUUUCCAAAAAACCAUGAACGGUUUCAGAUAAUGUCAGCUAGUGUCGACGAACUGACCUGCAGAUUCGUUGGCAAAAAUGGAAAGAAAUAUGAAAUACACGCCAAUAUUACUGAGACUUACCCCAACACUCCGCCUGUAUGGUUUGCUGACAGCGAGGAUCCCAUAGUUACAAAUGCUGUCCAGAUCCUGACCAAUACACAAGGCAGAGAUAACCAUGUCAUAAACCAGGUCGGUAUACUGUUGCGGGAACUAUGCAAGCUACAUGGAGUACCGGAGCCUCCAGAUUUGGAUUCGCUCUCACUACCAGUGCAUCCUGCGCCUCAGCAGAGAGUUCCCAGCGUGACGUCAAAUGGCGCCGAAUCGGGCACAGAAGAGGACGAGGAGAUGGCAGCCGAGGAGGACGAAUCCGAAGGGGAGGACGACUUGCCACUUGAGAUGGUCGAUGAUGCUGGACGCAGCAACAAAGAUGAUAUGGAAACAGAGCAUUUAGCGACACUGGAGCGGCUGCGGCAGAACCAGCGAGCGGAUUACUUGUCAGGCAGCGUGUCUGGCAGUCUACAGGCCACUGACAGACUCAUGAAAGAACUGCGGGACAUAUACCGUUCCUGCUCUUUCAAGAACAAUAUGUAUUCUAUUGAACUAGUAAACGAUUCCUUGUACGAGUGGAACAUCAGGCUGCGUUCUGUGGAUCCAGAUAGUCCACUUCACAAUGACCUUCUUGUGUUGAAAGAGAAGGAGGGCAAGGACUCAAUACUGCUCAACAUCAUGUUCAAAGAAACAUACCCCUUCGAACCGCCUUUUGUUAGGGUUGUUUACCCUAUAAUAUCAGGAGGCUACGUACUGGUCGGCGGAGCAAUAUGCAUGGAGCUUCUGACCAAACAGGGCUGGUCCUCGGCUUACACGGUAGAAGCCGUCAUAAUGCAGAUAGCUGCCACCCUCGUGAAAGGCAAGGCGCGAAUUCAGUUCGGCGCUACAAAAGUCGUGUCGCAGUCUCAAUACAGCUUGGCGCGCGCACAACAGAGCUUCAAGUGCCUCGUGCAGAUUCACGAGAAGAAUGGAUGGUUCACACCACCGAAGGAGGACGGCUAAUGCAAGCCACCUCCCUGCCGUUACAUUUAAGACUAAACGUGCAACAUUGACAGUAACGCCCAAACAACAACCACUCCAAAUUUGAUAAGUGACUAUGAGUUUGCGUGGAACUUUGCAUUAUGAUUCCAUUAUGAUGUUCGUUUAUUAUUGAGACGCAAUUAUGUAUGUGUUAAGUAUGACUGAGGAACUUCGACGAUAUCGCGAGUAUUGUACGAGUAUGUAAUCGUUAAGUGCUACUGUUCUCACAGUGCGGGCGUUCGCGAGAGACUAUACAAGACUUAUAGGAAAUGUUUAACUGUGUAACGUUUUUGUAAUCAUUAAUUUUCUCAGAAAAGUUAUCCAUAUGGUAGC